CAACUGUGUACGCCAUUUUUGUUUUUAUUCGCAGCGUAAAUUUGUGUACGUUUUACUGGAAUUUUCGGCGAACUUAUUCCAUCCAGCAAGAUUGAACGAGACAGUUUUAGCGUUAAAUGGUUCCCCUGUUUCAGGGGUAAACAUUUGCAGACAUUGGGCGUAUCGCGAGCAAGCACGUCAAGGUGACCGUGUCUCAGUCUCCGCGGAAUCAUUCGACUUCACGUAAAGAACGAGCGGUCACUCCGUACAACAGUCCUGUAAAAAGUAUAGCAAUGAAUCACGUGAUCAAGAACGAUCCCGACAGUGAACCAGAAGAAAUGGACACACAGGGAGCCGAUGAUGCGACUAUCAAAGCAAAGGAUGUCAAGAUGAUUGAAAGCGAUGAAGUGGCAUAUGAGAAUCAGGUGAAUGCCGUCGUCAAUGGUAGAGAGGUGAAUGCUGUCAGUAAAAAUUGCGACGAACCGAUGGAGGAAGAUGAGGCGCGAUCUGAAGCCACGUUUAGCUUCACCGUGCAGAGCAUCAGUCGACUCAAGGACACCGUGCUCAGCCCGCCGACGUUCGUCAGAAACCUGCCGUGGAAGAUUAUGUGCAUGCUGAGAACGUCGCAGAACCAGGAGCGGCAGGUUACGAAGAGCCUGGGAUUUUUCUUGCAGUGCAACGCGGAGUCUGAGUCGACGUCUUGGUCGUGCAACGCGUCUGCAGAGCUGCGGUUGAUAAACAAUGCAGACACAGAGAAAACGUUCCAAAGAAAAAUUCAACAUCUCUUCUAUAGUAAAGAGAACGACUGGGGCUUCAGCCAUUUUGUUCCAUGGAGUGAUGUGUUGGACACGGAUAAAGGUUACGUGAAAGAUGACACGAUCACGUUGGAGGUGUCUGUGUCGGCUGAUGCACCGCAUGGCGUAAGCUGGGACUCCAAGAAGCACACCGGUUACGUGGGGCUGAAGAACCAGGGUGCCACCUGCUACAUGAACUCCCUACUGCAGACGCUUUUCUUCACAAACAAACUCAGAGAGGCCGUGUACCUGAUGCCGACGGAGAAUGACGACACGAUGAAGAGCGUCGCCUUCGCGCUGCAGCAGGUCUUCUACGAGCUAGAGUUCAGCGACAAGCCCGUCGGAACGAAGAAGCUGACAAAGUCGUUUGGGUGGGAGACGUUGGAUUCGUUCAUGCAGCAUGAUGUUCAGGAGCUGUGUCGCACUGAGAUGGAACUCUGGCACGCCGAGCUGCUAAAAGAACUAACACCCGAGCCUUGUCCGUUCGUCGACAACAACAAGGCUGAUGAGCGGCACCAGACUAAGUGCAAAGUGUGUCGCAGAUGGGGGGACCACGUCAAGGAGAUGCAUAUCAAACCUAGAGACAUCUACUGGAAGAACUCCGACUGCCAGCGAUGGCAGAGCGACCCGUGGCAGAUAGCGAAGCUGAAAAACGAACAGGACUUCACAGUACUGCACGCCAAGGAUUACCACAUUCUAUUCAAGAUGGCGAAGGAACAUGGCCGCCGCUUGGAGGAACUGGAAGCGGGCCAGGACAUGGACAAAGAAAUACAAUGGCUGAACGAUAUUGUCACCUGCAUGAAAGACGAAUUGGGGUCGAGCAAAGACGAAUGGGCGUCGAGCAAAGACGACAUCGCGAACUUAGAGAAGGUAGUCGAACAACUUCGUCAAAGUGUCAAAAUCUUCGAGGACCGGUUUGUGGAGAGCCAGCGCGACAAAAAACCAACGGGUAGGACUCUGCUCUUCAUGAACUCUGGUCAGUGGAAGGUGGGCGGCCCAGACGAGACGGACGAGUCUGGACUUUUAAAUCUCAUCAAGAACUGCACACGGUUCGACGACCUUGUCAAUAGCAAGUUAACGAGAAAGAAUUUUCCUUUCAAGAUGUUAGAGAUCAGGAACUGUGUGUAUCAUAACCGUGAUCGUGAUGUGUCAGAGGAAGACUUAAAGCAGAAUUUCAUCAACAUGACUGAAUUCGUCAAAGACAUAAGGAAAACCGGGAAGAAAGCCAAUGCAGAUCCGGUAGUGCAGGCCCUGAAACAGGUGCGGUCACUGUUGUUGUUGUACUUGCAGUCAUAUGUUAACUGCAAACACGUCGAGUACAUGUCAUCCCGGGUAGAACCCUUCUACGAUAUCCAGCUCAACGUAAAGGGAAAGAGAAACAUUCACGAGUCAUUCAAGGACUACGUGGCCAUUGAGGUGUUUGAGGGUGACAACAAGUACGAUGCCGGGGAACACGGAUUGCAGGAUGCGGAGAAAGGCGUCUGGUUCAAGUCGUUCCCACCGGUUUUACACCUGCAGCUAAUGAGGUUCCAGUAUGACCCGGUCACCGACACAAACAUCAAAAUCAACGACAGGUUUGAGUUUCCGGAGAAGCUGAACCUGGACAAGUUCCUGCAGACGGCAGAGCCGACGGCAGCGAGCUACACGCUCCACGCCGUGCUCGUUCACAGCGGCGCCAACCACGGCGGACACUACGUCGUCUACAUCAACCCGAAGGGUGACGGAAAGUGGUGCAAGUUCGACGACGACGUGGUGUCGCGAUGCACGAAGCAGGAGGCGAUGGAGAACAACUUUGGCGGUCACGAGGAGGACGUGAGCGUGAAGCGCUGCACGAACGCGUACAUGCUCGUCUACGUGCGCGACAGCAGUCUAGGUGAGCUGCUCCAGACGGUCACGGAGAACGAUAUUCCGACGACACUAGUGGAUCGGCUGCAGGAAGAGAAGAAGCAGGAAGCCAUCCGACGAAAAGAGCGAAGUGAGGCACACCUGUUCAUGACGAUACUGGUGUUGCUAGAGGAUGACUUCAAUGGUCACCAAGGCAACGACCUCUACGACUCAGACCGAGCUCACUCACGAACGUUUAGGGUGAAGAAAAUGACAACUCUUGAUGAAGCGAUGGACCUGCUAGCCGAAAAUAUGAAAAUACCUAGACAACAAAUGCGGCCGUGGCCAUUCAACGUGCGGACAAACCAGACAUUCCGGCCGACUAAGGAGCUGGUGCUUUAUCCAAACAAGAACGGUUCGGUCGGGAGUCUGCUCAAGAAGGCAGAAAACUUUGUGGAGUGGACCGAAGACGGUUCUGGAAAACUAAGGUUGGUGGAGGUCGUCAGCAACAAGGUGUUCUGCAUACAGCGCGACGAUGUGCAGCUGGAGUGUCUCAACACGGGCGGAACGAAGUCGUACAGGGUCGAGGAGGUGCCCAAGGAGGAGCUGAUCAUCGGCGACGAUGAGAUGCUCGUACACGUAGCCCACUUCCAGAAGGUAAAGAGGCGCGAGGGUGAAGCCGAGCUGCUCCAGACGGUCACGGAGAACGAUAUUCCGAUGACACUAGUGGAUCGGCUGCAGGAAGAGAAGAAGCAGGAAGCCAUCCGGCGAAAAGAGCGAAGUGAGGCACACCUGUUCAUGACGAUACUGGUGUUGCUAAAUGAUGACUUCAAUGGUCACCAAGGCAACGACCUCUACGACUCAGACCGAGCUCACUCACGAACGUUUAGGGUGAAGAAAAUGACAACUCUUGAUGAAGCGAUGGACCUGCUAGCCGAAAAUAUGAAAAUACCUAGACAACAAAUGCGGCCGUGGCCCUUCAACGUGCGGCCAAACCAGACAUUCCGGCCGACUGUCCUGGAAGUGGAGCAAGAGGCUCACAAAACCAUACAAGACCUUGCUGAGACUGAUAGUUCGUGGACAAUAUUUCUAGAGACACUCAGUGUGGAUAGUGGCCUCACCCGAUUGCCUGUCUUUGAUAAAGAGAGAGACGUGUUGUUGUUCCUGAAGAUGUACGAUCCAAAAACAAAAAGCAUAAACUACUGCGGGUAUAUAUAUGCUGCCAUCACAACAAUAGUCAGUGACAUACUACCUGUGUUAAAUGAAAGGGCUGGUUUCCCUAGAGAUACUCCAUUGAUAUUGUACGAGGAAGUGAAGCCAAACUUCAUGGAACGAAUGGAGAACUACGACCUCGCCCUGGAGAAGAUCUUUGACGAGCUCAUGGACGGUGAUAUCAUAGUGUUUCAGAAGGACGACCCCAACAUGGACACCUAUGACCUUCCCACAGCUAAGGACUAUUUCAGGGACCUGUACUAUAGAGUCGAGGUGACGUUUCGUGAUAAGUCUAUACCCAGUGACCCCGGAUUUACGUUGGACUUGUCACAGCGGAUGAACUACGAGCAGGUAGUGCGAGCGGUGGCUCAGAAAUUGAAUACGGAUCCCUAUCUCCUACAGUUUUUCAAAUCUCAAGGGUUUAGGGAUGGGCCAGGCAACCCACUCAGGUGUAACUAUGAAGGCACGCUCAAGGAUCUGCUAGUGUACUUCAAACCUCGGCAGCAAAAGAAGCUUUACUAUCAGAGGCUAAGCAUAAAGAUAACUGAGUUGGAAAACAAGAAGCAGUUCAAAUGUACAUUUGUAAAUAGCAAUCUCAAGGAAGAGAAGGAGCUGGUGCUUUAUCCAAACAAGAACGGUUCGGUCGGGAGUCUGCUCAAGAAGGCAGAAAACUUUGUGGAGUGGACCGAAGACGGUUCUGGAAAACUAAGGUUGGUGGAGGUCGUCAGCAACAAGGUGUUCUGCAUACAUCGCGACGAUGUGCAGCUGGAGUGCCUCAUCACGGACGGAACGAAGUCGUACAGGGUCGAGGAGGUGCCCAAGGAGGAGCUGACCAUCGGCGACGAUGAGAUGCUCGUACACGUAGCCCACUUCCAGAAGGAGGUCUUUUCCACUUUUGGGCUACCGUUCUUGUUUAAAAUAAAAAACAAGGAGCCCUUCGCUAAGGUGAAGGAGCGAAUGCAGAAGAAGCUGGAGCUCACCGAUAAGGACACAGAGAAGAUGAAAUUUGCUCUCGUUGUCAUGGGAAGGCCGAACUAUUUUCCGGACGAUGGAGAAUACAACAUCAACUUGGAAGAUUUCCUACCAAACUCGUCACAGACGGGAGGUGGAGGGGCGAUCCAGACUCGGCCGUGGAUAGGUAUCGAUCACGUGAUCAAGGUACCGAAGCGGGCACGUCAUCCGUACCUUGAGAAGCCAAUCAAGAUACAUAAUUAGAAAAUUAGCAACUUGUACAGCAAUACACAGGGAGCUUGGGUCGCGACAGGGCCCUGCAUGGGCAAGCGUGGCGAUAGUCCGACGGCAGAUUGCAUCCGAUCCACGGAUUCAUGGCAUUAUAAAUUGAGUCUAAUCUGUUUGUCAUUAUUAAAUGUGAACGCGG